UCCUCACCAGUUACAAAAGUUAAACAAAUCAAGCUCCUAACAGCUUUCUGAGUUUACUAUUUGUUUCCUUGAGAGAAUUAGCUUCCAAUGGCCUCUAAGUUUCUAAUUUUGGCAUUCCUUGCCAUAACUUCUUCCCUUGCUUUUGCUGACCCAAGUUCCCUUCAGGAUUUCUGUGUGGCUGAUCUGAAAAGCUCAGUACCAGUUAAUGGCCUUGUCUGCAAGGACCCCAAGCUUAUUGAAGCCAAUGACUUCUUCUUCAGUGGACUUCACCUAGCAGGCAACACAUCAAACCCUGCUGGUUCACGUGUGACCCCUGCAAACGUGGCCCAAAUUCCAGGACUUAAUACUCUUGGUAUCUCCCUUGUUCGUAUCGACUAUGCACCAUGGGGCAUCAAUGCUCCCCACACUCAUCCUAGAGCUACUGAAAUCUUGACAGUCCUUGAAGGGAGCCUCCAAGUGGGUUUUGUCACUUCCAACCCCGAAAACAGACUUAUCACAAAGGUGCUUCAGAAAGGUGAUGUGUUUGUUUUCCCAGUAGGACUUGUGCAUUUCCAGCACAACGUUGGAAAGGUUAAUGCAGUCGCCAUUGCCGCUCUCAGCAGCCAAAAUCCAGGAGUUAUUAGCAUCGCCAAUUCAGUAUUUGGAUCUAAGCCUGCUAUCUCUGCUGAUGUUCUUGCAAAGGCGUUCCAAGUGGAUAAGGACACAAUCUACAAUCUUCAGUCAAAGUUCUAGAGUCCGAUAUGGUUUAUUUAGUGUGCUUAAUGUGUUUAGCAAAUAGAUAUGGUUCAUUCAUCAGUGAAAUUCAUUUUGGUCUGUGCUAUUUGAU